UUAGCGCAGCGUGCACGCAUGGUCCCCAGUUUAAUCCCUGCGUGGAAUAAUUUACAUUUUGGCGUGAAUCCCCCCUGGAUGAGCCCCUUUAUAAGGGCUUGCCUUGUUUUCCACUGCUUACAUUUCGUUUUACUUUCCACGGCAUCGCGUCUCUCUGCAAAUUGCAACAUCUUGGAAGACUUGGGGGAAAACAUUUUCUCCUUUAUGGCAUCCAGAAUGAAGGAACGAAAGAGAACGCCAAUUUCUCACAAAGUGAUCGAGAAACGAAGACGAGAUCGUAUCAAUCGCUGCUUGAACGAGCUGGGGAAAACAGUACCGAUGGCGCUGGCCAAGCAGAACUCCGGGAAGCUGGAGAAGGCUGAAAUAUUGGAGAUGACAGUUCAGUAUUUGAGAGCUCUCCACUCUGCAGAUUUUCCAAGAGGCAGAGAAAAGGGCGAGUUACUGACCGAGUUCGCCAACUACUUCCACUACGGCUACCACGAGUGCAUGAAGAACCUAGUCCACUAUUUGACCACGGAAGACCGAGCCGAGACCAAAGACAUCAAGUACGCGCGUAUCCUCGCCUUCCUGCAGUCCAAAUCACGCGCAAUCACCGAGCCCGUGUUCGGUUCCGCCGGGCCCGAUGCGUCGGACUACCUGGGCCACCAGCUGCACUCGUCUCCGGAGCAUCAGAGCUUGCACAGCCCCACAGAGAUGUACCAACAUCACCACCAGCAGCAACAGCAGCAGCAGCAACAGCAGAGCCCGCCACGACACUUGGCCUGGCACAGCUCGGCCCGCGGCCCGGCCAUCUCGUACCCGCCCGCUGUGGCUUUGAGUGCAGCGCACGCGCAGCAGCACGGUGGAUACUUAUCACCGGUGCAGGGACUCGAACAUCAUCACUACUUCAACUUGCUUGGCCACGCGCACCACAACACCUUCACUCUGCACAGUGCGCAACACGCCAUGUAACAUAAAUUGUUGUCGUUUUAUUUAUAUUCAUGCAGAGGAUGAGAUGGAACUUGUACAUGAUGUAAUUAAAUGUUUCAUUAAAAAACAUACAGCUA